AUGACACGCACUUCGAAUGUUGGGCUCACCUGCCUCUUCAACGGCGGGGAGAACUUGAACGCUGACGUCGUCCUUGUACAUGGCUUUGGCGGACAUCCGGAAAGUACUUGGUCAAAGAGUACUUUAUCAACCGAGCAAGACGAGCAGAGAGUCCCUGAUGAAAUUCAAACUCGAGGCCGAAAACGAUAUCGCUUCCAUGACGCGGAACGAUUGAAGAAAACACAAGAAAAUGCACCGAGGACGGCCAUAUUUCCUAUCGGAAAUGCUUUCGUGGAAAGCUCGCAGUUGGAUCAAGCCGGCUCGGUUUCUUCCCACACCUCUUCGAAAGUCUUUUGGCCGCAAGAUUUGCUUGGGCGGGAUUUUCCCAAUGUUCGAGUUAUGACCUAUGGCUAUCAGCCAGACCAGGAGGAAUCAUUCCAGGCAAAUCUUCUAUCUCUAAGCAACCAUCUUCUUUCUACACUAGAAAGUGAGCGGAGAGGUGUGUCGGGCCGUCCCAUAGUUUUUAUAGCACACAGCCUUGGUGGGAUCCUUGUAAAGAAAGCUCUGGGCUUAUCUCGUUCUACCGCCUCAAUUCGGAAUGUAACAAAGGGGGUCAUCUUCCUUGGAACCCCUCACUGCAAACCUCACGGGGAAUCAUGGGGCGAACUGUUGAAGAGGAUUCCUGGCGAGUUCGUCGCUACAAAUACAACCCUAUUUACGUCAUUGGAUUCUCAACUCAACGAAGAGGAGCUAGAGGCUAUUCGAGACGUCUUCGAGAAAAUGCUAUAUCGCCCAAGUAACAAAAAGCCUUUCGUUAUGACAUUUACUGGAGCCGUCGUGGGUGGACCUGCUGGGUCUAUAUCUUAUCCGGCUAUUCCAGUCGAAUCCGCUCUGCUCAACGCGUCGUGGGCCAAAACCAAGACGCUUGAAGGGACCCACGAAACCAUGUGUGAAUUUAGUUCACCAAAUGAUUCCAAUUAUCAGCUGCUAAGAGGUCAAUUACUCCUUGCACUUCAGAGAAUCGACGAUGGGAAGAGGAAAAUAGAGAAGCAAAAGCUGGAGAGGAAAGAUAAGAGGGACAUACAAAAACUGCAAGGAGAGUGGUUUCUGAAGCUGCUGGCUUGCCCCUAUUGGGAACGCAAAGAUGAGCCCAUCCCGCCUCAAACAGAGGGAACAUGCGAGUGGUUCCUAAACCACGCCUUAUAUAAAUACUGGCGCAACUCUCGCACGGCCAAUGUUCUCUUAGUCUCAGCUGACCCCGGAUAUGGAAAGUCGGUCCUGGCUAGGCAUGUGGCCGAAAAUGUGCUACCAAGCAACAAGAGUAGGCUGACAUGUUACUUCUUCUUCAAUAACGACUACUCAGAUCAGAAAUCCGUAACAGGGGCUCUACUCUGCAUACUACACCAAGUCUUCAAGGACUUCCCAGCCGACUUCUCCCCAAAGGCACUCCAAACGAUCAUCAAAAAUAACGACAAGACUCUAGAGUUAUUCCACCACUUCUGGGACAUCCUGCUUUCCGUGGCAGAGCGCGAAGAACUCAAAGAAGUUCUUUGCAUUCUCGAUGCCUUGGACGAGGCCAGUGAACCAGGACGGGGUCAAUUCAUCAAGGCCUUGGGGAAACUGCACUCCCAAUCAAGAGUCAGAGCAGUGAGACUGAAAUUUCUCGUGACAAGUCGACCUUGCCUGGAUACUUCCUCACUAGGACAGCAAAGAGUAAACCUCCAUUUGAGCGGUGAGAGUGACAGAGGGGUUGGCAGGAUCAGUGAGGUCAAACUUGCAUUGCAACAAGAAGCAGGAAGAUUAAUACAGAAACACCGUUUAGGUCCGGAAGAUGGCGAUUUCCUCAUCGCAGAACUCUGUCGAAAUCCUUACCCCACAUACUUGUGGGUGUAUCUUGUCAUGGAAGAGGCCGACAACAUUCUUCUCGAUCAAGACGAUAUUCGAUCAAAGGUCCAGAAACUCCCUCAAACAGUAGACGGAGCCUAUGAGAACAUACUAGCAAAAGCCAGGGAUGCAGAAUCCACUCGGCGCGUUCUACACAUAAUUCUGGCAGCUCAAAGGCCACUCACACUCAAGGAGAUGUCAUUCGCUCUGGCAAUAGGACCCGGCCACAAGCCGCCUGAUGACAAUAAGUUGAUCUCGGAGACAAAAGUCUGUAAUGACAUUCAAGACCUGUGCGGUGCCCUUGUGCGAAUUGUCAACUCCAAGAUAUACCUAGUGCACCAAACAGCCAGAGAAUUCUUAGUCUCUUCACAUGCGCCAGUACAGCCAUCAGAUACCAAUGACGGUAUAUCGCCUGCCUCUUCGUCGCAAUGGAAGUCUACAUUUCAGCCUCAAGAAUCUCAUCAGAUUCUUGCCGAGAUAUGCCUUAGGCGGAUCGCCUUGUGUGAGUGUCGCCUUGACCAAUAUCAGGGUAAUACGGAGAUAAGGGACGAUCUCAAAGGAUGUCCAUUAAUGAGCUACGCAUCGCAGCACUGGGCUGAGCACUUUCGAAAAGGCGACGGGAUGCACAAAGCUUCCAUCAUCAAAACUGCGAUGGAUUGUUUCACUGCGCGCCCGCUCGCUUCUCAGGCAUGGUUCGAAAUACUUCAAACGGCUGGAAACUUCUACAUUGGCCCUGAUAAACCUACCUCGCUGGCGCUUGCCGCAUACUUCGGGCUCGGAGUAGUGAUCGAGCGACUUCCCAAGGACGCCCCUGAAACAGUCAACGAAAAAUCCAGCGGCUUCACACCACUACAGUGGGCAGUUAGAGGAGGUCACAGGGGUGUUACACAGCAACUCAUUGAAGCAGGUGCUGAUGCAGAUUUGAGGGCCGAAGACAGUAGGGCAGCCUUGCAUUUUGCAGCUGAGCGAAAUGAUAGGGCCCUCAUGCAACAGCUUGUGUCAGCUGGUGCCAAUAUAAACACUCUUGAUAACUUAAAAAGGACAGCUUUACAUCUUGCAGCUGCUAAAGGCCAUCCCGAUAUGGUUCGGCAGCUUCUCGCAGCCGGUGCUACUGCCAAUAUACAGGAUUCACACGGCAAAACGGCCCUGCAUUUAGCAAUCGACAGCGGUAAUUCGGCUGUUGUGCAGAGCCUCGUUGCAGGCGGCUCGGAUAUCAGCAUCCAAGACACCAUGGGUCAGACAGCGCUACAGCGGGCAGCUAAAAGGGGCCACAUCGAUCUCGUGCAACUGUUGAUGGGCGCCGGCGCCGACAUUCGUGUACGAGACAACGAAGGCCAGACAGCGCUGCACCUCGCAGCUUCCCAAGGACGUGAAGCCGUUGUACGGCAUCUUAUUGCAGCCGGCUCGGAUAUAAGGACAGGGGACAGGCGUGACAGAACGCCGCUGGAGCUUGCGGCCAGAAAGAGCUGCGGAGAGCUUGUGCUACUGCUCAUGGGAGCCGGCGCCGAGAUAAAUCAUCAGGACAGGGACGGCAACACGGCGCUGAUCUGGGUUGCCAGAAAUGCAGACAAUGCUUUGAUGCGGCAGCUCAUCGGAGCCGGAGCUGACAUGGGUCUGCACGACAGGUGCGGCCGGACAGCGUUUCUCUGGGCAGCCUCGCUAGGCCAUCUGGCUACUGUGCAGCAGCUUCUUGCAGCCGGAGACGAUGCGAGUGUACGGGACCAAGGCGGUAGGACGGCGUUGGAUUUGGCGGUUGCCAAGAGUCGCGCGGGUGUUGAGCGGUUCUUGAAAAGCAUGGAUUUCAAAUGGUAA